CAACUAUGUCCUCUGAUGUUUACGUUUUUAGUUGCAAAAUGGGCUCCACAUUUAUGGGUCGUAUUCCCACGAAAGAAAAACAAGAAUAAUGCAUUGCCACAAUUUUUAGGUAACGGUAUGCAGCGGCAUGACUCAGAGCCGCUGUUUGGGGACGAUGUGUACCAGCUACUGCGGGAUGAUUCACUCCUGCUCCGUACUGGGUCCAACAACUUCGCGGCCCUGAUAGAGCCCGCAGAACCACCCGUGUCCCGCGAACAAGAGCAGAAUGACACCGGUCAUUUUCAACAGAUCCCCCAACAGCAACAGCAGCAGCACAUGCCUUUAACUCAGUCAACCACCAGUGACCAAGUUUUAGUAGUCAACAAUACGGAAAACAUGUUUUACCAAGUUUCCACUUCUCAGCAACAGCAGCAGUCUCAGGGUCAACAAACAUCAUCUGGGCAACGUGAAGAACAACAGCAACUAGAACAAAUAGACAUCCCCUGGAGCACAGUUGAUGACAAUGACGCGAUUACGCUUCCUACAAGUCAUGGGCAGAUCAGCCAGCAAGAACAAUUUUUGUUACCCAUGAAUAAUAUAUACCUGCCAGAUACAAGUACUCCUCCUCAAAGGGUCCCCUCCCUGAAACCAUGGCCUGGCCGAUACGAAUUUGCCAUCUCUAUUCCCACUGAUAAUAAGGACCGCAAUAAAUGGUGCUUCAGCGAGCUGCAGAAGAAGUUGUACAUGUGCCCUACUGUAGCUGUUCCUGUGAAUGUGAUGUUGAAGGAGUGGGUGGAGGCUUCUGUCAUAAUAACUCCAGUCUUCAAUGACAGUCGAUUUCGUAUGGAGCCAGUGAUGCGUUGCUACAAUUGCAAGAGCACACAAGCAUCUGAGCCAGAGUUAGCUGAACAUAUAGUCCAAGUAGAAGGGGAAGGCUGUGAGUAUGGCAUUGCACUUGAGCGAGCCAUUGAUGCCCUGCAGCCCCCACCACCUGGGGAAACUGCUUCUACGAUGCUUAUCAAACUCAUGUGCCUUACAUCCUGUGUUGGUGGUCCCAACAGAAGGCUAUUUGGCCUCAUAUUAACUCUUAAAAGCAAUAAUACUGGAGAGGAAAUCGGAAAUUUGAAUGUCAAAUGCUGCCGAUGUCCUUCUAGAGACUUGGCGAAUAGAAAGAUAAGACAUGCAAACAUUGGAUGCAACAGAUACAUGAUGGGAGUAAAAAGGAGGAGGACUAAUAUUAAGCUGGAGCCAGGAACUGGCUCACAGUUUGUGGAUGUUAAAGUACCUAGUCAGUUUGAGAACAAAGUGAAGAGUUACAUCAAUGUAUUGAUUCUUCACGAGUAUGCCAAAACCCAUCCAAGUAUGCUAAUGUAUCCAGAAGCUGGGGAAUUAUAGGUUUCAGAUUUGGCCACCUGUUACUUGAAAAAUUUGAAGAAGCAUACUGUAUACUGUAGUGGUUCUAGGACAUUAGUCACUGGUUUAGUAUAUAAACCCAAACUAACCAUGGCUUCAUUGCUCAAAAUAGAGACAUUAGCAUCUAAAUUUAAUGAAUAUACAGUUGCACGGUAUCCCAUAGGCCAGUGACGAAAUUUCCACCUAUUAUAAUGUAUGAACAAGCAACUUCCUCUUUUCUGUCUCGCUCUAUUUAAGUAUCAUACUGUAUGUAUUACUCAGUCUUUUAUAAUAUAUAAAUUCAUUGUUGAAGGAGUGCCAAUGCUUGGAGUAAGUUCAAUUUGUUUUACAAUUAUAAUCUUAAUUACAGUUUUCAUUUUUUUAAUGUUUUCUUUCCUGGUGUAACAAUAUGACUGUUAUAUGCAUUACUCAGUCUUAGAAUAUACACCCUCGCCUCACAAAUUCGUACUAAUUGGUAUCCCACCAAAUUUACUAAAUCUAAAUCUUUAUUGCUUCAUAAGCAUUAAAAAAUCGGGAAAAUAAACUAAAAAGCUAAAUCUGUGCAGCAUAAAUCUUAUGUUUCAUAAUUAUAAUUACCCCUCUAUUUAUGAACCCCUUAUUUGCAAAUUCACUAAUUCACAAAAAAUUUAUUGAAGAUUCGCUAUAGAAAUUCAUCUACCUGCAGGGAAGGGAGGGUGCCGUAGUAUCUUAAUAUUCUGGGUUUAAGGUGCUAUACAUUGCACCAUAGAGUAUCUAGUGCACCAAAAUUAAUAUUCAGCACUCACUGGUAAAAAAAUUUUCCUCCCAUUUGUGUCAGGCCACUGUAUGCAGAACAUCUCUUUUAUGGUAAAUCCAAUGAUGUAGACUUUAAUCUACAGUGCAUUUCCUUUUAUCCAAAUUCCAACUUUCUGAAUCUUCCAGGUAUUUGAACUUUUGUCCCUGUUCAGUAAAAAAUCAAAUUUAAUCAAACAAUCCAAACAUAACUGAAUUAAUUCAUUUGCGUGUCUGCCACCAGUAGCACUAUAACCGAUUUGUUAAAAAAAUGCGAUGAAA